CAGCAGGUUGGUUUCGCGUGUCGCUGAACAGCAAAUCUGGCCUUCUUCUCCAGCUGUACAUAUGAAACUCAAUAAUUGACAGUUACCACUGAAACUCAAUAAUUGGUCGCCAUGAAUGGGUACCGCAAAAGGCGCGGCUGAUUAUAGUAAUUUUUGACUGAUUGGGAAUUCGAUCAUUCUUUCACUUUCGAUCACAAAAGAAAUCAAAAGCAGAGCUGCGGUGGGUGCAGGACUACUUUCGCUUUUAAUUUUCAAUUUCUUUUAAUUCGAAUAUACAUUCCCCCAAAUUAUCAAUUAGUAGGGUUCAAUUUGGAAGCGAAAAUGGAAGGACAGAAUGGGAAGGUGAGGAAGAGAGGACUCUCAUCGUCGUCUCCGUCGGCGCAGAAUUACAGGUUGAAGCGCACCUUUUUAAUGGGGAAAAGGAGGGGAUCCACCACUCCCGUUCCCACAUGGAAAAUGAUCGCCUCUCAAUCUCAAUCUCUGCAACCCUCUCUCUUUGGGGGAAAUGCCAAGGAUUUGUCGGUGUCGGCUCGAAAACUCGCUGCCCUUCUGUGGGAGGUUGAUGGGAUACAUUCGCCUACACUGAAAAUGGAAAAUUCGGAGGGUGAAAAGACUGCAAACAAGAGGAUUUUUGAGUCAUCUAAAUUGAGCACUGUUUCUGAGGUGAUGUUGGAUCCGGCUAAACUGUGCAGCUGUAGAAGAAGACAGCCAUCUGAUUCCCAAAAGCCACAGCGAGCUAGUAGCAAUCUGAGAAAUUCCACUUCCAUGGAACAUGUUGAUGGAAAGCAAAAUCAUGUCCAUGUGCUGAAGAAUGAUCUCAAGGAUGUAUACAAGGGUCUGGCUGCUUCUAAGCAGCUGCUUGAUGUAUUGUGUCGCGUUGGGGGUCUUGAGCAGCCUGAGAGUAUUAGCUCCACGCUCGUCUCAGCUCUGGGAUCUGAACUUGACCGCUCGUGUAAAAGAGUGAGUAAGCUAAUCCAUGGACAGACGAAGACGGAGAGUAGUGUGAUUGAUGACGUGUUGAAGCAGCCCAAAAAUGGCAUUCACCAUGCUGUUCCAUACCCAGUUGGAGAGCUCGAGACAGAGAAGAAACUAAGGCGUAGAAUUGAGAAACUGAACCGGAAAACUGAGGCAGAAUUAGCAGAGACAAGGGCAUCUCUUGCAAGGACGGCCAAGGAGCUAGAGAGCGAGAAGAAGGCACGAAGAAAGGUGGAGCAAGUGUGUGAGGAGCUGGCACGAGGGGUAUGGGACCUCAAGAGGCAAUUUUCCAAAGUCCGGGAAGAAGUGGAGAAAGAGAGGGAGAUGUUCCAUUUGGCCGAUCUGCUUCGCGAAGAGAGGGUGCAGAUGAAGCUCUCCGAUGCUAAGUGUCUGUAUGAAGAGAAGAACGCACUUGUUGACAAGUUGAGGAAUGAGGUUGAGGCCUAUUUAGAAGGCACAAAGUGUGGGAAAGAAGGGGAUGGCUCUCCUAGGCAGGACAAAACAAACGAACUUGAGAAAAUGUUGAAGGAAACGUUUCAAGGCUUACAACAAAACCAAGGUAAAGAAAAAGGUGCAGCUGUGAAUCAAGAAGAAGAGGACUCAGAUGAUAGUGAUCUCCACUCCAUUGAAUUAAGCAUGGAGGAGAUCAGCAAGAACUUGAUAUGGGGUGAUGCUGUCAAAAAUGGAUCAAAAAGGAACUUUGUUGAUACAUCAAGUAAAGGGAGAAUAUCCAAGAAGCAACCAUUCAUUCAAAACCAGAAACUGCAGGUGUCAUUGUUAUCUGAAUACAACACAAAAUGAGCAAGAAAGAGUUUGGGAUUUUUCUGCAACUAUUCAGGAACCGGAAAAUGAGUUCUUAUUUUCUUUCUUUGCAGAAAUCAAUUGUAUAAAUCAAGCUACUGUCUGCAGGCAAUCAAAUGUCAUAUCUUGUGAUAUUUUUUUUGAACUCCAUUGAUCAUUGAUCUUGUGUGAUCAUUUUAUAACUCUACCAUAAUAGAAUUUGACUGAAAGGCCUGAAUUUUGGCAUUA